AAUAUAUGUUUAUAUAAAUUCUAAAAAUCAUUUAUUUAUUUAAAAAUUUCAAAAUCCUCUUAAUCUUUUCAAUGAGUUUUCAAAUUCAACUUAAAGUCCUCACAAUGUCUACGCCUUUCGUUACAAGUAAACGUAUAACCAUACUUUGGUGAUGUGCGACGAUUUCGUAACAAAGGGUACAAAAUGUAUAGGCGUGGCAGCAAAUUACAACGAACUUUUAAAAAUUUUAAACAAGCCAGUACCUAAAGUACCGGAUUUCUUUAUUAAACCAAUCAGUUCCUAUAUAAAGGAAUGCCAAAAAAUUAUUAUACCCAAAGGCUUUAAAGUGAAUGAAGAAAUAGAACUUGGGGUUGUAAUAGGGAAAAAAUGCACAAAAGUACCUGAACAAAAUGCAAUGGACUACAUCAGUGGGUACUGUGUAGCCUUAGAUAUGACCGCGACAUGUAGACUGACUGAAGCAAGACAAACUGGAGGCAGCUGGACUUUAGGUAAAGGCUUCGAUACAGCCUGUCCCGUAAGUGGAUUUAUUCCAAAAUCUAAAAUACCAGACCCCCAUAAUGUUGAUCUAUGGUGUACAGUCAAUGGUAUACAAAAACAAAACGGAAACACAAAUGAUUUGGUGUUCAAUGUACCAUUUUUGGUAUCAUACAUAUCGAGUUACAUCACUUUGGAACCUUAUGAUGUUAUAAUAACUGGGUCACCACCAGGAAUGGGGCCUGUUCAUAAAGGAGAUGUCAUUGAAGGAGGAAUUAAAGAUAUUGUUACUAUAAAGUUUGAAGUUGACUCUGAGUAAACAAGAAGUUAAAAAAAUAGAGUUUUAAAUACACAGUAAUUAAUAUUUAUUUCAAAAAGAAAAUAUUUUGGACAAUCAUCAAGAAUACUUUGGUUGUAAUA